AUGAAGCAAGUUAAAUUCGUCCCACACCAAUCUCAAUGGACCGAUGAAGAGUUUCAAGCCAUGGUUGAAGGCGUUGAGAACGACAUAGACGGCGAACUUGAAGGAGCUCAAACCACAAUUGCAACCAAAAUUGCACAAGUCAAAGAAGAGAUAGCUCCACUUAAAGCUACCAAAGCUACUCUUGACCUCAUGGAUACUUACCGUUUAGAUGUCAAGAGAGGAAUAAGACAAUUAAAAUUAAAACUCUUAAAUUACGAAGCUAUACUCCAGAAGUUAGCAGAGAUGAGAAGACUUUACCAGAGCUACUUACAUGUAAGGGACUUACCUUCAAGCAGUCCGACCAAAGAUGAAUUUUCUGACAUUGUCCCAAUUUUGUCCGAAAGUCAGCUCAGAUGUUUUGAACUGCUCCCAACAUAUCCAGAAUAUGAACGUUUGCCUGAACUCUUCCGCAAUCUCAAAAAAC